AAUGAAAGAGAAUGAAGCCGCGUUUUCACGUCGAUAAAGUUGAAAGUGACGCGUAAUAAAAAAUGUUAAUCAAUAGCAAAGAUGCGAACGCAAGGAGUGUGUUCGAACGCACUGCUCGAAAUGACGGAUGAGUCGGAUGACCAAACGAACCGUGCGUUCGUUAUUUUGGUCCGAGUUCUCCGAGCUUGACUUUACCGUUCUUUAUUUAAAAAGUGUACUCGGUGCAGCCUCAU